AUGGGACGAUACAAUUACUUUUUGCUACCAUUGUUCCUACUGACGCAUAUCGAAUCCAGUCAUCUACAAGCGAUUGCUCUCGACGAAGAUAAGCCUGCAGAAACCAAGGAUGCACAAAAGUCUGAAGCACUAUGUCUGGAUUUCCUUGGCAUCCUGAUUGAUCACAUGGUUCGACGAAUCACUGUGCACAUGGACGAACCAAAAGUGUUGGAACCGAUCAGCAAUUCGUUCUUCACUCUGACUGACGGACGAUUGUACGGGCUGAAAAAUAUUGUGCGUACUUGUCCGAUUGAGUUGGCACACGAGGAGAUGUGGCUUCAGUCUGCAAAACCGACACCGAAUCAGGAUGUCCAUCUGACCGAGUGGAUACAAAAACGUGACACCAAAUUGGGCGAUGUCCUUCGGCUUAGCUUUUGUCUCGGUAUACCACACAAUUUACAACUGCGUGGAUCGAUGGCCGUGACUACAUUUUGGUCCACCUACGACCCGGAAGGUGUACGGAUCACCUUAUCGGAUAUAUCGAUCCGGGCCACUUUGCAAUUGCAACUGAAUAUGACUGGUAAAAUGCGAUUGAGUAUUGCCGGUAUGCGAGUGGAGAAAUUCGGUUCGAUUCGGUUCGAACCCGAAGCGACCGGAUCAGGAAGUGGGGAUGAAGAGGAGCGGACAAAUAACGGAUUCAUGUCACAAUACGCAUCUUUGGCCGACUGGUUAGCCAAUGGACCAUUAUACACACCGUUGGUGAUUAUUUUGGAAACCAUUAUGAAUGAUAGUUUUUCUGCGUUGCUAAAAGAGAAACAACCGGAUUUGUGA